AAGUCCCCUAUAAUUCGGUCACUCCGGCAUAAGCGACCGCUUAUGUUGUACCUACAUCAGUGAAAUAUCAUGAUUAAAAAGGCAGGGGUUGGAAUCCACCACCCAAUAACGGAACACCUGGAGUCCUCAACCGCUAUGAAUAAAUCAUGAAGUUGUUGCUUAGCAGUUCCCCUGUUAACUUCAGCUGAAUGGCGCGACUAGGUACCUAGGUAAUGUAUGCGACGAUGUGCUGCAAGCAAUGUCGAAGACUGAGCUUCAGUGGCUGUGAUAUCGUCGUCUUUGCCAUAAUAGGCGAACGAACUAUGAGUUUUUUCGGUUCUCCAUUUCCUUCUACCAUCCUAAUACUCGUCAUCCCAAAUAAUCAUUAUCAUGUUUGAGUCAGCCAUUGAAGGACUCAACGCUACUUUGAAUCAGAUCAGCUGGGUAUCCGAGUUGGCAGGUAUACUGCCAUUGUCUGCUUUGAUUGAAUUCAUAGAUAUCCCCCCAAAACUUCACAUUUACCAGCUCGCAGGAUCCGCUGCGUUAUGGAAUUCCCCCAUCACCCCGGCAGGAAGCCGCCUUCUUUUAUCCGACGACAACUUUCUGCAGCCACACUGCUACCUGGAUCGCUAUGGCAAUAGCAUCAAUUUGCUAGGCCUCGACGGCCGAUAUGGCAGUCGCUACUAUGUUAGUAGCCCCGAGACAAUCCGCCUAUGCAUCCAAGCCCAUCGAGCUCGGGUUAUUGAGAAUUCGCACGAAAAUAUCAGAGGUGACGACCUGAGGUUACAGAAUCUUGAUAUAAUCCACGUUUCUCGCCUGCAACCUCGUGAACACCAAGUGCCAAAGUUAACCCGGUUUGGUCAUGUCUUCCCACGAUCCCCACGAAUGAGGUUGGCUCACCUGCUUGGCUGGAUAGUCUUAUUAGCAAUGAUCGUGAUGAGCGUUAUUCUUCGAACCUAUCUGUCAUUUACGUUCCUCAUUCUCAUGCCUGUGACGGGCGGCGUCCUGUUCGCUCUUCACGGGAGCAACCCACGAGGUCUACUUGUUCAUAAAGCAACCAGGUGGAACCGAUUGAUUCUGGUUGCCGAACACGAGAACACCACGGACUGGGUAGCCUUCUACGGUGAAGCCACCAUUCUCAAUUCCCUAAUCAACCGGCCCCUUAAACCUCUAGGCUCAGUACAGAAGCCAGCAUCCUACAUCUCGCUCCGCGUAGCUCUAAGGGUGCUUAUUCUCGGCCAGUGGGCACUCGCACUCGGAGCAGCGGCAACGAAGGAUUGGAAUGCGUAUUUCAUAACAUUCUGGAUUUCAUUCUGCAUAUUCAUGCAGGCAUACGUAAUGCCGCCUGAGAGAGGAGCUAAAGAGUGGAUGAAGUCAUAUGCUGGUAUUCGGAUUGAAAGAUAUCAUACGCAGCUAAGUUCGCGGAGGGCGCUUCUUAACACCAUCAUUGCGCUCAAUCCAGAUUCAUUUUCGCUGCGACCUGGAACACAGCAGGAAGACCGGUCCAGGUUUUCCAGCGAAGCUAUGAAAUGGAUCGAUCCAAUUUUGGGGGUGACGUCGGGCAGAGAGAGGUGGGAGGAGGCAACGUUGAAGGCGAUGAACCACGCCGUUAAAGAUGAGGGUCAGGAAGGUAAGUCUUCCAGAGCAGAAUGGGAGGAAGAAUAUAAAAAGGACUUUUGGGCCCCAUUCAUCAUGGAAGGUAUUUACAUGGCAGAUAAAAUCAAAGAACAAGCGAACCUGCCCGGCCGAACAAAUGAAGAUGUUAGGAAGAGCGAGGUAUAAUGAUAUUCAUCAUUUUGAAGCGUCGAAGAGGCUUCUUUGUACAUGAGAUCAGAUACCCCCACGCCACUACCUAAGCCAUAUUGGGAAUGUGUGGGUACUAUGUUACGGCAGCUUCCACGGCAGCAUGUGUUUUGAGGCUGCCAGGGGUGCGCAGAGGCCGUUAGAGCCCUACCGAGGCUACCUAGCCCUAGUACCUAGGUACCUAGGCUGUGGACCUUUUCAAAUAGGGAGUGGAAUACAAUU